GGUUUUUGUUCUCUAUGGUUGUAUAAAACUCUAUUGUUUAUUCCGUGUCAUCGGCACCGAUGGAUGCUUUUACAAGUUACAUUACAUUUUUGUAAUGGCAUGAAAAUGGGUUGAAAAUGAAAUAAUAACAAAGUAGAAGUUGUGUAAAGGUUAAAUUAUCAAUACAAAUGCAAGUUAAAAUGUGAUCAUGGCUAUUUUUACUACAGUGUUAGUCAUAACAUUUUGGCUUCAGUGCACAAUAGUGUAUGGAUACGAGUUCAUAUCAAAAUAUCCGAAUCAGCCUAAUGAGACCUACCGUUUCUAUCAUCUUGCUGUGGAUAGGAUCAGCGGCCAAGUGUAUGCUGGUUCGUUAAAUUGGAUUCAUCAGUUAAGCCCUGAUUUGAAACCAAUCCAUGUAAUAGGCACGGGUCCGAUUCUUGACAACCCAAUGUGUCAUGCAAGUGGUUGCACUUCGUCAGAUAUAAAGACUACAUGGACCGAUAACGUGAAUAAAAUAUUAGUGAUAGACCAAGAAUCCGGAAGAGUGAUUUCGUGCGGUUCAGUGGCGCAGGGUUCCUGUACCAAGUACAAGCUUGGAGAUCUGUCUGCAAAGCCGGAGUUUGUUCCAGUGAGUGUGGCGGCUAACGACGCUGAUGCAUCUACCUACGCGUUCAUCGGACCUGAGAGGUACAAUUCAUGGGACAGAUCUAAUGUGCUCUAUGUGGGAACUACAUUCACCAACAAUGGAGAGUACAGGCACGACGUCCCCGCGAUAUCCAGCCGCGACCUGAUGACUCUCGACACUGCACAAUUGACAUUCAACAAACAGAGUUCAAUACAAAUAGAUGUUAAAUACAGAGACAACUUCUUGGUUCAGUACAUGUAUGGCUUUAAUGCUAGUGACUAUGCAUAUUUUUUGAUAAUCCAGAAACAUUCCCACCUUGCUGGCAAUGAGGAACUGGGCUAUGUAUCCCGCCUAGCCCGCACCUGUGUCAAUGAUGACAACUAUAACAGCUACACAGAAGUUACUCUAGAGUGCCAUGUUAGGGAAGAAAGUGUUAGUGGUAAGAGUGAAGUGGUCAAUUAUAAUUUAGUGCAAGAUGCUAAGAUUGCCAAGGCUGGUGCCAACCUGGCUGCCCAGCUGGGUAUAGAGACAGGAGAUUCUAUUCUUGUAGCUGUUUUUAGUCCAUCUAAAAGUAUAUCUAAUGAGCCUAUGGCAAAGUCAGCUAUUUGUGUAUUUUCUUUGCAAGAGAUAGAAAUUAAGUUUAAUGAGAAUGUCCAUAUGUGUUUUAAUGGUAGCACUAAGGCUCGCAACAUGGGCUACAUAUCAGGCAUGAUAUCUGAUGGAAAGUGUCCCAGUGUUGGUUCAACAGGAAAUAUACUUAAUUUUUGUGAGGUAGGUCUUAAAAUAAGUGGGCUUUAUCCUAUUAAAACAAUGUCUGUUAUUAAUUGGAAUGAUACAUUAAUUACCUCUGUAACUAUGUCUGUGACUGGUUUGCAUACUGUAGCUUUUCUAGGUACUAACAAUGGCAUUUUAAAGAAAGUUCUCAUUGAUGCUGAUAAGGCAUUAGAGUAUUCAAGUGAACAAAUUUUAGCUGGCCAGAGAAUCCUACCAGAUACCACGCUGUCACCAUACCAAAAGACACUGUAUGUGUUGGCAAGAAAUACAAUAGUGCAAAUACCAACUGAGAGAUGUGCUGAACAUGGCAAUUGUUCUGCUUGUCUGGAAUCCAAUGAUCCUCAUUGUGGAUGGUGUUCUUUGGAAAAACGCUGCACAGUUCAAAAUAUGUGUCAAAAAGGAACACAGAGUGCACCCAGAUGGUUGUCUCAAUACAUUGGCCAGCAGUGCAUUGAUUUUGAACAGAUUCUGCCUGACAGGAUAUCUAUGAAUGAAGUGACAACAGUGCAGCUUAUAAUUAGAACUUUACCAGAACUGCCAGUUGGAUCCAAGUACAAGUGUGUGUUUGGCAAUGCUCCGGCUAUAGAUGCUGCUGUAACAUCUAAUGGUUUAGCUUGCCCUACACCUGAUGUUAAACACAGGCCAAAAAUCACACAAAAUCAAGAUCAUGUGUAUGUUUCGCUUUCUGUUCACUCAUCAGAAACAAACAAAGAUUUUGUUUCCAGAAACUUUGCUUUCUAUGAUUGUUCUAAGCAUACAACAUGUCAUUCUUGCAUAUUGAGUGAGUGGGCCUGUAAUUGGUGCAUAUAUGAUAACAAGUGCACUCAUGAUACAUCUGUUUGCCAGAGGACCAUAAUUAGUGGUGAAAACAAUCCUACUAAACUUUUAAAUCAUGGUAUUGGACAUUGUCCUAGAAUAAGACAAUACAAGAAACCUAUUUUACUACCUAAUAAUGUGCCUAAAGAAUUGGAACUUGAAGUAGAAAAUUUACCUCACCUACAACCAGGUCACACUGGGUUCCAGUGUAUAGUGAGUAUUGAGCUAGCCAACAUGAUAUUGCCUGCAAGAGUUGAGUCAAAUCAUUACAUUGUGUGUGACAAAACAACAUAUUCAUAUGAAGAAGAUGUAGGGGAGUAUAAUGUAAGUGUUAAAAUUGUUUGGAAUCACAAACAUUACAUAGACACAAUCAACAUCACACUGUACAAAUGUGAAAUUCUAGGAUCUCACAGGGAACAUGCAGAUUGUUCUCUUUGUAUAACUCGAAACUCCAUCUAUAAAUGCACCUGGUGUGGCAAUUCUUGUUCCUAUAGUGAAACAUGUUUGGAAAAUCCAGUAACUGAGUGUCCCAAACCUAGAAUUGAUAUGAUAAAGCCAUUAAGUGGACCAAUUGAAGGUGGUACCAUAGUUACCAUUGAAGGCAGUAAUCUUGGUUUGAGAGUUGAAGAAGUAUCUGGGAAAGUUAGAAUUGGGGAGGUUCCAUGUGAAAUAGUAGACUUUGAAGUGUCUGUGAGCAUCACAUGUCGAACAGGUCCUUCUAAUGGUUCUGCUGUGGCACCUGUUAUUGUGGAAAAUGAUUCUGGUCACACAGAAUCAUCUGUUCUAUUUAGUUAUAAAAACAUUAAACUCCAGGGCCUCUAUCCAACACUUGGCCCUGUGGCAGGUGGCACUCAGUUAGCAAUAGGAGGGCAGCAUUUAAAUAUUGGUUCAUCAAUAUCUGCCUAUUUGGAUGAAUUACCUUGCUCUGUAAAUACAACACAGACAUCAAACAGUAGGUUAAUAUGUAUUACUCCUAAAGCAAAUGCACCCAGAGUGAUUCAUACAUUGACAGUGGGAAUAGAUAAUGCUAAUCGUACUUUACAUGGAGAUUUAUUUAAUUACACAGCAGACCCAACUAUAAUGGAAAUAAAACCGUUGAAAAGCUUUGUAUCUGGUGGCAGAAUGAUAACAGUUCAUGGUACAAACUUGCAUACCAUUCAAAAACCCCUUAUGAAACUAUAUUUUGCUAAUGAAGUUCUUCCUGUGAAUCACACAGCUUGUACUGUGCUUAAUGAACAUCAGAUGGAAUGUCCUAGUCCUGCAGUGAAUAACAAAUAUUUUGAAAUUUUGCAAGCAACUAAAACACAAACAAGUACUCCUCAGGUUGCAAUGAAAGUUGGUUUUGUUUUGGAUAAUGUGGAAACAAUGCAUGAAAAACACUUUAAUCCUCCUAGAACACAUAUGGUGUAUGUGGAUGAUCCUCAUGUUUACCAAUUUCCUAACAAAGGCGUGAAAUCUUAUAAGGGAGACCCAUUGGUGAUAGAAGGUGAGAAUCUAAUAAGAGCAAGUGAUGAAACUGACGUAAUUGUUACUAUUGGAACACAGCCUUGUAAUGUGACUAGUCUCACCAUGCAACAACUGUUGUGCACUCCUCCUGAGAUACAACCAGCUAACACAGAUGAAAAUGGUCUGCAAAUAUCUGAAAUCAGUCUACCUUUGGUGGUUGUUAAAAUUGGAAAGAAUUUACGGUUUCCUAUUGGGUACCUUCACUAUGAAUUACUCCGAAAUUACAACUUCCCGCCGGAAGUCAUUGCUGGAAUAGCUGGUGGAACUUUCUUUUUAGUGCUCAUAUUUAUGAUUGUGUUAGUUAUGUACAGACGUCGCAGUACAAAAGCAGAAAGAGAAUAUAAACGAAUACAAAUUCAGAUGGACACUUUAGAGAGCAAUGUUAGAUUAGAAUGUAAAUUGGCUUUUGCGGAGUUGCAAACUGAUAUGUCUGAUUUGGCAGCUGAUUUAGAACAUUCAGGUAUACCGACGCUUGAUCAUGUAAACUACGUAAUGAAGGUGUUUUUCCCAGGCGUGUCGGACCAUCCCAUAUUGAAUGUCCAACGUCAAUUUAUUAAUACUCCCAGAACCAAUUACGACGCUGCCAUGAUUCAAUUUGAGCAACUUUUGAAUAAUAAAUGUUUCCUUUUGUCAUUUAUAGACACAUUAGAGUCACAAAAGUCGUUUAACAUUCGAGACAAAGUGAAUGUGGCUUCCCUGUUGAUGAUUAUCCUCAUGGGAAAAAUGGAAUAUGCUACAGACAUUUUAAAGUCCCUUCUGUUGCGUCUUAUUGAUAAAUCUAUAUGUAAUAAACAUCCACAACUCAUGUUAAGGAGAACUGAGAGUGUGGUUGAAAAAAUGUUAACGAACUGGAUGGCUUUAUGUAUGUAUUAUUAUUUAAAAGACUAUGCAGGUUCUUCGUUGUUUUUGCUCUUCAAGGCAAUAAAGCAUCAAAUCGAAAAGGGAGUUGUAGAUGCAAUAACUCACGAAGCUCGAUAUUCCUUGUCGGAAGAAAAACUUCUGAAGGAACAAAUUGAUUACCAAACUAUAACAUUACAUAUAGUCCAAGAUGAUUUUGAUGAAAAAGUUCAAUGUAAAGUGUUAGAUUGCGACAGUAUUUCACAAGUUAAAUCUAAAAUAUUAGAUGCCCUAUUUAAAAAUACUCCAUUCUCUAUGAGACCAUCCGUCCAUGAAGUUGAUUUAGAAUGGCGUCACGGAAGAGGUGGACAUGUUACGCUCCAAGAUGAAGACGUUACCACUAAAACGAUUAAUGGUUGGCGUAAAUUGAAUACACUAGCCCAUUACGGCGUCAAAGAAUCUGCUAUCAUGUCCUUGAUAUCACGACAAAACGAUAGUUUUAACACUCCGUAUAAAAUACCCUGCAAGAAUUGCACAGGAAUAUAUUGCUCCAAUUCUCAUAUAAGAGUGUACAACAGUGACAUUACAGAUCAAAACGUUCACUACUAUCACUUGGUAAAACCUAUAGAGUACCAGCACAUUAUCAACAAGUCAUCAGAGCAUAGUCAUAAAGCUAUUCCAGAGAUUUUCCUCACGCGACUACUCUCGACAAAAGGCACAGUUCACAAGUUUGUCGAUGACUUCUUCAGUACUAUUCUCACCGUGAACGAAGUCUUGCCACCAGCUGUAAAAUGGUUAUUUGACCUUUUUGAUGACGCUGCUCGUACACACGGUAUCAUGAAUCCUGAAGUAGUCCAUGCUUGGAAAUCGAAUAGUUUACCUCUAAGAUUUUGGGUGAAUCUCAUAAAGAAUCCAGAUUUUAUUUUUGAUAUAAAUAAAACUGCUACUGUUGACUCUUCAUUAUCAGUUAUCGCUCAAACGUUCAUGGAUGCUUGUUCAUUAACAGAACAUCGACUGUGUAAAGAUUCUCCUUCUAACAAAUUACUAUUUGCUAAAGACUUGCCUACUUAUAGAGACAUGGUUAUAAGAUUUUAUCAAUCUGUAUCUCAAUUACCUCAAGUAACAGACCAAGAGCUAAGUACUUCUAUGCAACAACUCUCAGUGGAACAGUUGAAUGAGUUCGACACUCUUUCGGCCUUAAAAGAGUUGUAUAUCUAUGUCAGUAAAUAUAGAGAACAAAUUAUAUUAGGACUAGAAAACAAAAUGCACUUAGCUCAUAAAUUAGAUAAUAUAGCAUGCACUAUGGAAGGGGAUCCUACAUCUAUCUGCUGACUAUAUGACACCAGUCACGAUUUGAUUGCAUUUACGUAAUUUAUUUAUGUAUAAUAUAUAUGUAUUACCUACUUUGUAAAAAGAAGCUUUAAUUUAUUCUGAAAAUACUCAGAUCUAAUAAAAACUGAUAUGUAAAAAGACUGUAAGCAAUCAGUUUCAUAACUCUAGUUAGAAAGUAAAGAAUAUUUUUUUCAAUGAAUCAUGAAGGAAUACUUAAUAGCUAUGGACUUAUUUUUUGUCGAAGGUACCUAUGUAAUAAGUAUUAAAGUAUCUUUUGUAAGUAUUAAGUGAAAUUAUUGGUAACUUAUAUUGGCAUCUAUUACUCAUCAGCCAGCUAGCAUUACAUUAUGGGACUGAAUGAACAUCUAUUUUUUUAAUUGUAAAUCUAAAUAUUGCUAGGCUUAUGUGUAUUCUUCGCAUUUGUAUCAUUACGAUUUAUUUUACGUGCAAUGACCAUACAGGUAUUUUAUAAGAAGAAAAGAAAUUUUUGUGGUGUUUGUAGAAGUUCUAACAGUCCCAUAAAAGCAAAAUUUGAGAUAAUUGUAAUGCAUUUAAUCUCCCAGUGGCCAUGCUAUUUUUAUAAUUUUACUAUAAAGCAAACCAAUGCUCUCUUUUAGAAAACAAAUAUGAUUUUAUAAAAAGGGAUGAAUGUAAUGUAAAUCUGGCACUGAAAUAAUUUUCUAAUGUAAAUGUUCUUAUUUGUAUUUACCUUAAAUUACUUAACUAU